GUUUGGAUUUCCAGAAUGCCUUGGACAAGGUACCACACGGGAGGCUGCUGGACAAGGAGCUGCGCAAUGUUGAUGGGCGUGUCAGGAAGACUUUACAAAGAGCGGUUAAAGCAGGAAGGAAUGGGUACUCAUGAGAAAGCCCUGAAGUUCCUGAACCAGGAUUACGAGGCUUUGAAGCAAGAAUGUCUGGAGAAUGGGACCCUCUUCGAAGACCCACAGUUUCCUGCUGUCCCCACAAGCAUCGGAUUCAAGGAACUGGCUCCACACAGCUCCAAAACUCGCGGCAUCGUCUGGAAAAGACCACAGGAGAUUGCAGCUGACCCACAGUUCAUUCUGGCUGGGGCAUCUCGAACUGAUGUUUGUCAGGGAGGACUCGGUGACUGCUGGCUGUUGGCAGCCAUUGCCUCACUGACUCUGAAUGAGAAAGUGCUGCACCGCGUCGUGCCUCAUGGACAGAGCUUCCAGGAGGAAUACACAGGGAUUUUCCACUUCCAGUUCUGGCAGUUUGGGGAGUGGGUGGACGUGGUGAUUGAUGACCGACUGCCCACCAAGGACGGAGAGCUGGUGUUUGUCCACUCGGCCGAGAACAAUGAAUUCUGGAGCGGACUCCUGGAGAAGGCCUACGCCAAGUUGAAUGGUUCCUACGAAGCCCUGUCAGGGGGCAGCACCACCGAGGGGUUUGAGGAUUUUACCGGGGGGGUGGCUGAGAUGUACGACCUCCGGAAUGCUCCGCGGGAUCUCUACACCAUCAUCAGGAAAGCCCUGGAAAGAGGAUCACUGCUCGGCUGCUCCAUCGACAUCACCAGUGCUUUCGACAUGGAGGCAGUGACCUUCAAGAAGCUGGUCAAAGGUCAUGCCUACUCCGUGACUGGGGUCAAAGAGGUUGAUUAUCGGUCUCGGAUGGAGAGACUGAUCCGGAUCCGGAAUCCCUGGGGUCAAGUGGAAUGGACUGGAGCGUGGAGCGACAAUUCCUCGGAGUGGAAUUACAUUGACGAGGAAGAGCGUGAAGGGAUGGUGCAAAUGGAAGAUGGAGAGUUCUGGAUGGCCUUCCCUGAGUUCCUGAGGCAAUUCUCCCGGUUGGAGGUGUGUAACCUGACCCCGGACACUCUGCAGGAUGACCUGAUGAAGAAGUGGAACAUGGCCGUGUUUAAUGGUUCCUGGCGCCGAGGGAGCACUGCUGGGGGCUGCCGUAACCAUCCCGCUACGUUCUGGAUCAAUCCGCAGUUUAAAAUCAAGUUGGAGGAAGAGGAUGAUGAUCCUGACGAUAAUGAGCUUGCUUGCAGCUUCCUGUGUGCUCUGAUGCAGAAGGAUCGCCGUAGAUACCGUCGCCAUGGGCAGGACAUGCACACCAUCGGCUUUGCCAUCUACGAGGUUCCAGAUGAGUACCAUGGUUGUCAGAACAUCCAUUUGAAGAAGGAUUUUUUCCUAACUCACAGCUCGUGCGCUCGAUCUGAAACCUUCAUUAAUCUGCGUGAGGUCAGCAACCGCAUCAAGCUGCCCCCUGGGGAAUAUGUGAUUGUCCCUUCGACCUUUGACCCCAGUAAGGAAGCGGACUUUGUCCUUCGGGUGUUUACAGAGAAGAACGCUGACACAGAGGAGCUGGAUGACCCAAUCUCUGCAGACCUGGAAGACGAGGAGGAGAUCACCGAGGAUGAUGUUGAAGAAAGUUUCAAGGCCAUGUUCCGGCAGCUCGCGGGUGAGGAUAUGGAGAUCAGUGUGUUUGAACUGCGGACUAUUCUCAAUCGAGUCCUCUCCAAACACCGUGAUUUGAAAACAGAUGGGUUCAGUCUGGAUUCUUGCCGGGGAAUGGUUAACCUCCUGGAUAAAGAUGGCAGCGGGCGUCUUGGUGUGGUGGAGUUUCAGAUCAUGUGGAAUAAAAUUCGCAAAUGGCUGGGUAUUUUCCGACAAUAUGAUCUGGACAAGUCAGGAACGAUGAGUUCCUAUGAGAUGCGUCUUGCCUUGGAAUCAGCAGGUUUUAAAAUCAAUAACCGAAUCCACCAAGUGAUCGUUGGACGAUACUCGGAGAAUGAUGUGCUGGACUUCGAUAACUUCAUCUCCUGCCUCGUCAAACUGGAGGCCAUGUUCCGGUCAUUCAAAGCGCUGGAGUUGGAGGAUGGGACAGUGGAUUUGAAUCUUGCUGAGUGGCUGUCUUUGACCAUGUCGGGGUAGAAAUCCAGAUGAAGAUGCCGAGAUUGCGAGUGACUCCUUCCUGCUUCCCACCGUGUAUCAGCCUAUGGCCCUGUAUGUAGCCUGUUUGAUGGAACGGGCCCCGGAGCGACUCUGAGGAGCCUGUUUACUCAGAGUCCGAUGAAACUAUGCAAAAACCUUCACCAGGACACAGUGCAGGCCCCAGUCCCUCAGAAACUGACUCUUCAACUACUGCCCCAUUCCCCCCCCCCCCAAUGUGGGAUUGGCCUGGUCUGGUCUGGUCUGGUCUGGUCUGGCCUGGCCUGGUCCGGCCUACAAUGAUAACCACUAAAACUGUCAGGCAACCUCACAGUUUGACGUCUUCCAUACAGCUCCUGGUUCAGACCCUGCCCAGACCCCAGCUCUCAGCCCCCAGGCUCCUCUCCCAGCUGCUGUGUCCAGGUGAGAGAGCUGGGUGUGGGUGCCUCUGGGUGACGGUGAUCCUGGGGACUGGCUGUGAUUUCCCAGAGCUGCUGCACUGGUGCCUGGUGAGAUGGUGUUGAUGUAACUGACUGCGCACUCUGCUAAACCCUCUCUCUUCACCCAAUUAAUAAAGUGUUUGCUGUGUGACUUCUUUCUGCAUUGAUUCUCCAGUCAAUAGCUGUGAAAGUUUCUAACUGUGCUCACAGUCCCUGGAGACAGUAUUACCUUUGACAAUAAAUCAGUAAAGGAUUAUUGUAAA